CCACUCGAUCAGUGAGUUUGUUUCCGGUUGUGUCUCUUAUGUGUAACACACUCCGCUGCAGUCAAGUUGAACAGCUCAUAAACGUUGGAAACGUCGAGUUUGGAUUCACACACUUUUCUGACUCCGCUACAUUCGAGUCUGUUAGGUUCGGACGAGAGGGUAAAGUGUAUUUGGUGAUGUAAAUAAAGCGGUUUGAGAAGGAUUGUUUUUGGCAGAAGAAAAAUGUCUGGAUGAAGAAGAGAGAGUUUAUCGCCAUCAAACUGCAGGUUUCUGUAAUGACUGGUUAAUGUGGGUGAUAUGGAGACGAAGGCACAGGUUUUAUAUGAUUUCACGGCAGAGCCUGGGAAUAAUGAGCUGUCGGUUCGAGAGGGUGAGACAAUCACAAUAACCAACCAGACCAUUGGUGGAGGAUGGAUUGAGGCAAAGAACUCCAGAGGAGAAGUCGGAUUGGUACCAGAGGACUAUAUAGAGAUUAACCAGGCUCAGCCUUUUAUCUCUGGAGGAAAUGCAGCCCCCCUCGAUCUCUCGUUCUUCGACAGUCACAUGCCGACCCCGGCCAGCACUGCACAGGUGGAUGUAGCUCAGCCGGAAACUCCAGUAACCCCAGUUACCCCAGGAUUUUCCUCCACCUCCCCUGAUGAGACAAGUAAUGGUAAUGACCCAUGGGCAGUAUUUGACAAUAAUGCAUCUGGGGGGUUUUCUAAUAACUGGGCAGCUCAGCCAGAGGGCACAGAGACGGGGAAAACCAGCAGCAAUGCAUGGCAUUCUGGAGGACACGGGCAUCCGCAGGCCUACCAGGGUCCAGGUGCAGAAGAUGAUGAGUGGGACGAGGAGUGGGAUGACGUGAAGUCAUCGGGUGGCUAUGCUGAAUCUGAGGCUGGAGAGGGCGGGGCUAUAAACAGAGGCGGAGCUCAUGGUUCAUCCAUGAAAAUUGCCCUCAACAAAUUCCCUGGUUUCUCUAAAUCAGGUCCUGAGCUGUACUUGCUGUCCAAACAGCCCGCCAAAGGAACCAAGCUGCCUGUUUACACAGGAGAAGUUGGCCCAGUGUGGGCGUAUCCAGACUAUCAGCUGGACUGUGUUGUCGCUGACCCUAAAAAGGGCUCCAAAAUGUACGGUCUCAAGAGUUACAUUGAGUACCAAGUCAUACCCACUACCACAAACAAGCCUGUCAAUCACAGAUACAAGCACUUCGAUUGGUUAUAUGAAAGACUUUUGGAAAAAUUUGGAUCGGCAAUUCCAAUCCCCUCUCUGCCUGAUAAGCAGGUGACAGGUCGAUUUGAGGAGGAAUUUAUAAAAAUGCGUAUGGAGAGGCUUCAGGGUUGGAUGUCGCGAAUGUGCCGGCAUCCGGUUAUCUCCAGCAGUGAAGUCUUCCAGCUGUUUCUCUCAUACAAAGAUGAGAAGGACUGGAAAAUGGGGAAGAGAAAAGCAGAAAAAGACGAGACAGUCGGAGUCAUGGUUUUCUCCACGAUAGAACCUGAGGGACUGCCAGACCUGGACAUGAUUGAAGUAGAGCAGAAGUGUGAACAGUUCAACCGUUUCACCAGGGCGAUGGACGAUGGUGUGAAAGACUUGCUGACAAUAGGAAAUGAACACUGGAAACGCUGCACAGGCCCUCUUCCAAAGGAAUAUCAACGGAUUGGCAAAGCUUUCCAAAACCUGUCCUCAGUGUUCAUCAGCAGUGGAUAUGAAGGAGAGGCUGCGCUCACAGACGCACUGACAGCAGCAGGAAAGACCUACAAGGAGAUUGCUCAGAUGGUGGCAGAGCAGCCCAAGAAAGACCUUCACUUCCUCAUGGAAACUAACAAUGAGUACAAAGGUCUGCUGGGAUGCUUUCCUGAUACUAUUGGAGUUCACAAGGCUGCCAUAGAGAAGGUAAAGGAAGCAGAUAAACUGGUGGCUGCCGGUAAAAUCACCCCCUCAGAUAAGAUCACCAUGUCUAAACGUGCCAGCAUCAUGUCAUACUCUCUGCAAGCGGAAAUGAACCACUUCCAUAGCAACCGUAUCUAUGACUACAACAGGGUGAUGCAGCAGUACCUGGAGCAGCAAGUCAAAUUCUAUGAGAUGAUUGCAGAGAAACUACGACACGCUCACAGUCAGUUCACUACUAUGUAACGGCAGAGAAGCUGCCUCUCUCGCUCUCUUUUCAUCUUACAUGAUUAUUCUCGUUCUGUUUUUCUAUUCAUGUUAUUUGUGUCAGGAUGUCAGUGCCAUAAAAAUAUCCUGUCAAUCUCAGGCCAAAGAUAGCGUCGAUCUGUGUCCUGCACGAGCACUGGCCAAGCUCAAGUGUUUUUAAAAAGCAGCUACAGAUUGACUAAAAUAUCAGAUUAUAUGGGGGCUUUAAUUAUUAUAAUUAAGUAGUUGUUGAUUUGAUGGACGUUCCAACUUCUGUUAUGACCUUGUUAGUUUUGAUUAAUAAUAAAUAUCAAAGACGUAACAUUUUGUGAUUUUAUACAAGAGAUCUAAACAGAUUCUGGUGCAUAUAUGAGGCCAAGCCAAGUUUGAUUGUGCCUUGUUUUGUAGAGACCCUGCAAAACCUUUUUUUUUUUUUUUUUUUCACUGCACUUCACUGUGGCCUUUCAGAUGCAUCAUCCUGUUUGUGUUUGGUCUCAAAAACAAUCCCAAUCAUUUUCAUUGAAGGUUUCAUUCUGGAGAUGAUAACAGGAGGGCUGGUCCUUUUUCCCCAUAAGAUACAUUGACAUAAUUUGUCUCUCUCCCCAAAGCCAAAUUACAAACAGAGAUUAUGCUCCGCUUGAUGCUUUCACCUCAGUGCAAUUAUCACCAAUUUCUUAUCCUGUAAAAAUGAAAUUAUACUCCACCUGAUGCAUGUUCAUGUAUUUUUUAUGUAUAGCAGUGGUUGCAAGCCUUUUGCACACAUAAUGACAAAAACAAUUGAGAUUAUGAUUUAAUAAAAACUGAUUUGUAUGCUA